GAAAAAAUAUCAACCUUGGCCUUGGGUCUGAGUCUCUGCUGGUAAGUACUUCCAAGGUUUGUAUUCACGCGAUAUGUCGGGUUCAUCUAAUUCUCAUCAUCAAGAAGAACAGCCAUGGUUGCCUCCAAGGCGGCACAAAAGCUGUCCACCAUCGCUUCAUCAUGGCCUGCUGAUCCAUUUCGUCCAAAUAUCCAACUCAAGAACUUCCUGAACUAUCUCUCUGCGCAUCCAAAACUAACCUCCGAGGCUGUACAAGCAGCACAGCUGCUGCGGGACAGUGCCAUACAGAAGAAGUACCCACUGUCAGCAAAAACACUUCAGCCGGCUUCUAUGCCAAGGCACUAUGAACGGCUCGUGGAAGGAUACGAAAGAAGUUCAAGAGGUGCCGGGAGACCUUGGUGGAAAGUCUUCUUUGGAGUAUGGAAAUAGUCACCUCUCCUUUGUGACCUCUCCUUUCCGCUGAUCUGCACUUGUUCUUCUCUGAGUUUUUUCUGCUGUUCGGCACUUGGUGGAGCGGAAGACUCGUCAUCUACUAGCUAGAAGCUCAGAGUAUGUAUAGAAGGGGUUUCUUAAUCUGAGAGUGGACGCCGAGGUCUGCACGAAACCCGAGUUGGUCAUCCAGUCCUGAUGUCCUCGGAUCCAUCCAUUCAGGUUUUCUAGACUCAUUUGUAUUGUUCCAACUAUAUAUCACCAUCACUUUGCCAUAACUUUAUGGUGUAACUUCCGGCUGUCGUUAUACUUGGCACCAACAAUGCCGCUUUGUGUGUAGACGCUAAACCUCUUAGUACACCUCAUAAACUCCACCCAUGUGAUCUGAGACUCCGUCGCGGACAAAUCA